AUGGAUGAAUAUGAGCUGGUAGGGGCUCAAGACGGACAUGAGCCAGCGCCAAAACGCCCGGAUAACUUCAUGCGCAGCCCAGUUCCGCGUAGCUUCCUAGGCCUAGUUGAUAGCCAGCCGAUUGCCCUUCCACAGAUACAAAGUGGUAAUGGCCUACCAGAUAAUGUCAAGCUGGAUCUGCCUCCAAACAAUCUACUUGUUCGGAGCUUGACCCCCCAAAAUGGGCCAAACACAGUUAAUAAUGCUCCGAGGCCAGUCCCGGCGAGCCGGACGCGUCCAGUUUGGGUUAAUAGGUUGAACAAAAGUGGCCAGUCAAGAGGUAGUGACUAUAAAGAUUCCCCUGCAAAGGCAGCUUGGCGGGCAGGCCAUCCUUUUACCGGGCGAAUAAGACUCCCGGCUCCGUACGGGCAAAUCAAACAAAAGAUCAUUGAUGAGAGCGGCCUUAAAUCGUCUCGAGAAGCAGAACAUGGACUCCUUGAACGGAUAACCGCAGAGACUGGUGCUUUCAUUCCACCACCACACAACAAUGAGCAGUUCUUUAGAGUCUGGGGCACUUCAGAACAAGUUAGAAAGGCCCGUUUAAUAGUUUCUCAAGCCUUGGCCAUUUUCACAUCCUCCCAACCCCAGAACAAGAAGAAAUCCGAUCAUUUUGUUAAAAUCAGUUCCUACUGCGAGCAGAAGGAAGAAAGAAUCAACCAAAUUGAAAAGCAUGAUUCAAUGCUUCAGCUACUCAGGCAAAGGCCUGACCCAUCAUCCAGAUUUCCAGAGACAUUGAUAUUUCUCUGGCCGUCUGAUGAGCUGCCGAUGGAGUCUGCACUUGGGCCACAAUUAGAGGCUCUCGAUCCGCUGCGGAUUGAAUUUGGAUGUCCUAUUUAUGUCGACGAGGAACUGCCCAGCUAUAUCCGCGUUGAUGCUUACGAUCACGACACCGUUCUCAAAGUCGUGAGCCGGCUUCGAGCUGAAUGGGCGGAACUACUUGCAACAAUGCACGUCAAAGUCAAGCUUUACUUGAUCCAGCCCCCUGAGAAAUUAAUGAACUGUGAAGUCCAGAUUCGUAUGCCUCGACUUGCUAAUGGUGUCAUUCUCUGCACCCCAGUUCUCUAUGGAAUGCUCGUGGGUCCAAAUCAUCCUCGCAGUCAGAAAGAUAAAAGAGAGUUAGUUUGCAUGAAAAACGAAAAACGGCUGCGCGACGCCGUUGAGCAGUCACUCCAGGGGCUUCGUUUUCUAAAGGGCCAUGUUCGUAUGCGCCUUAAUUUUGGCGUUUUUGUACUCGACGAGUAUCGCACUCCCCAAGGGAAGCCUCGUCAUUCCUAUGAAGAAUUCAGGACUAUGCUCUUCAACUCUAAGACAAAAGGACGCUUGAUUCCCGGACUUGACUUCAGACAUGGCAACCAAGAUUUGUUGAGUCGGAUUGCGGCUGCAACUGAUCUCCUUUCACCCUAUGAAGCCACAGCCUUUACGCUCGAACAGGCAACGCCUUUAUACGCGGUAAAUUUUGAAUUUAUAGGAGAAGACUCUUCCGUAUUGCGACUCGAAGCCGAAUUUGCGAAAUCUCCGGCGUCUGGUCUGCUCGAAGUUUUCCAAAGGCGGUGGAUACGGCCACACGAAGGUAAGAGUUUUGGAGACCAGCGUCCACCGUUGCAGAUAGGCGUCAUUGACUUUGAAAGGUACGAGUUUGAUAUGUUUGGGAUUCGUUGA